AUGGCUGCUUCUUCUUCAUCGGUGCCUUUCUUUGGAAUUAGGGAAGAAGACCAAAACCAGAUGAAACAACAGCAUUCCUCCACUCCAACUUCAUCUUCAGCUCAGGCUCCGCCGCCACCGAAGAAAAAGAGAAACCAACCUGGAACACCAAGCAAGUAUCAUCAUCAAUUUUAUCUAAAGUUGGAUCUACCUAAUUACAUAAAUCCAGACGCAGAGGUGAUAGCACUAUCUCCCAAGACCCUAAUGGCAACAAACCGGUUCAUAUGUGAGGUGUGCAACAAAGGGUUCCAAAGGGAGCAAAACCUACAGCUCCACAGAAGAGGACAUAACCUGCCUUGGAAGCUAAAGCAGAAGACUACAAAAGAAGUGAGGAGGAAGGUUUAUCUGUGCCCCGAGCCCACAUGCGUUCACCAUGACCCUUCUAGAGCUCUCGGUGACCUUACUGGAAUCAAAAAGCACUACUCAAGGAAACAUGGUGAGAAGAAAUGGAAGUGUGAGAAGUGCUCAAAACGAUAUGCUGUUCAAUCUGAUUGGAAAGCCCAUUCUAAGACUUGCGGUACUAGAGAAUACAGAUGUGACUGUGGCACUCUCUUCUCAAGGUUGGCUAGACGUGUUCAGUUUAGAGAGAGAAUUGCAGUGACAUAUAUGGAGGUGUUUAGAGUUGAUGACCGACGAAGGGUUUCCACUGAUGUGAUGAUUUUAGACUGGUUUCUCGUUUUUGAACAGACAUACACAUGUGCCUUGAGGCGUGACAGCUUUAUCACUCACAGGGCAUUCUGUGACGCACUGGCUCAAGAAAGUGCAAGAAACCCUCCUCCCAGCUUGAACACAAUUGGGAGCCAUUUGUAUGGAAGUAGCAACAUGACCUUAGGCUUAUCUCAAGUAGGUACUCAAAUUUCCUCACUACAAGACCACAAUAAGCACUCUGCCGACGUUUUACGACUUGGUGGUGGUGCUCGGACUGGACAAUUUGAUCAUCUUCUCCCUCCAUCAAUUGGUUCAUCGUCAUUUCGACCCCCACAGCAAAUGGCCUCAUCUGCUUUCUUCAUGCAAGAACCAAACCAGAAUUAUCAUGAUGAAAACCAAUCUCAGCAAGAGUUGUUGCAAAAUAAGGCAUUCCAUCAUGGAUCGAUGCAAUUUGCUGAUAUUGCCAACCCCACUAGUAACCCUUCCUCUGGUGGCAAUUUGUUCAACCUUAGCUUUCUAUCCAAUAGUAGCACCACAAACAGCAUUGCCAACAGCAACAAUGCAAACAACUCGAACAGCAACCUACCAACUUCAGGAUUACUAAUGUCCAGUCAUUUCAAUAACCAAAAUGGUGUUGGUGGUGGGAGUGAAGAGACUGAUAUCUUCUCAAACAAUGUAAUGGGUAAUCAAAUGACCUCUGGUGUCCCUUCUCUCUUCAACUCUUCUGUUCAGAAUGAUAACAUGGUCUCUCAUAUGUCUGCUACUGCGCUGCUUCAAAAAGCUGCUCAAAUGGGUUCAACUUCAAGCAACAACAGUGCCUCAUUGCUAAGAAGUUUUGGUAGCUCUUCUUCAAGUGGUGCCAAAUCAGAUAGGCCGCUUGUUGGCGGGAACUUUAGUGGCAUGUUCAGCGAAAAUGAGAAUAAUCUUCAUGACCUAAUGAACUCAUUUGCUCCUGGGAAUUCCUCCAUUUUUUGUUCUGGACAUGCACAACAAAACCCUUAUGGUGGAUAUGCUGCAAAUAGGGCUAAUUUGGAGCAAGAAAAGCAACACAAUGGCCCAAAUUUUGGCAAUACUAACAUGGAUGAAGCAAAGUUGCACCAAAGUCUCAAUGCAAGCAUUGGUGGGUCUGAUGGAUUGACAAGAGACUUUCUUGGUGUUGGUCCUCAAAUAGUGAGAAGCAUGAGUGGAUCAUCAGGGUUUUCACAAAGAGAAAAACAGCAGCAGCCACAACGUCAGCAUCAUGGCAUGGAUAUGGGUGGCUCCUCCUUGGAUUCAGAGAGACAUAAUGCUAAUAUUUCUGCAGCGCCGACAAGCCAAUCCUUCGGAGGAAAUGGGAAUUUUCAGUGA